CGGCCCGGCGAAAGGUUUUAUAUACAAGUGGAAUUCGCACUGCCAAAUUGCUAUAAGUCAAAAUAUAGGGUAGUCGGGCGGUUGACUCGUUCGUGGAGCACUCGGCGCGCGUGUCUCCGUACUGUCGUCUUCUACCAGCGUAGUGCUGCGUGCGCGUGCGACUCACGCUGCUGGGAUUAUACGCGUCCUGAACACUCGAGCCAACGGGCCAAUGCACCGUCACUGGAGGCCUUUGUAGUCAUUUGUUUUAUACAGGCAUCAAACUUUGUGUGAUAACAUGGGGUGCAGUGGAAGAUUAUAUUUUCUGACUCUUGUUUUGUGCGUUGUGACUGAACUUGCGAUCGGUGUGAGAGUGGUGCCCAAGAGAAAGAAAGAAGCCAUAAGCACAGCCGACGAUCAAUCAACAUCUGCAUCAUGGUGGCAGGCAGGCACAGCUACUCCGUUCCGCGAGAGCUCCAGCAGCGCCUUCUCCUCCACCCACGGCCUCGUACAAACUCACCCCUCGGGCAGCGACCCCUUUGCCUCCUUUGGUAGCAUUGGCAGUACUUCUGGACCUUCUUCAAACCCAUUCGCGUCCAGCGGCAGCGGUCCGUUAAGCGGUGGCGUUCGAAACAACCCUCUGCCAUCUUUGGCGAGGAAUGCCAACGGGAAACCUUCCCUGAAGCAUCUGGACUUCACAAGCAGUGCGACAGCCGAGCUGAGGAGGAACCCAGCUCUGUCAGCCCCUGAUGAGUGCGCUCGUGCUUGCCGGGAGAAUGAACCACCAAGGAUUUGCUACUACCACUUCACUCUUGAGUUGUACACGGUUUUGGGAGCGGCGUGUCAAGUAUGUACACCAAACGCUACGAAUGUGGUAUGGUCGCACUGCCAGUGUGUGCUGGCCGAUGGAGUCGAGCGUGGAAUCCUCACCGCGAACAGAAUGUUGCCGGGACCGUCCAUCCAAGUGUGCGAGAACGACAAAGUUGUCAUCGAUGUAGAAAAUCACAUGGAAGGUAUGGAGGUGACCAUUCACUGGCACGGAAUCUGGCAACGAGGCUCUCAGUACUACGACGGUGUGCCAUUUGUGACGCAGUGCCCCAUCCAGCAAGGAAAUACUUUCAGAUAUCAAUGGCAAGGUAACGCAGGUACCCACUUCUGGCACGCUCACACUGGUCUUCAGAAGCUUGAUGGUUUAUAUGGCAGUAUCGUCGUACGUCAGCCACCUUCCAAGGACCCCAACAGUCAUCUCUACGAUUACGACUUGACUACCCACGUAAUGCUGCUUAGUGAUUGGUUGCACGAGGAUGCCGCGGAGAGGUACCCAGGUCGUCUUGCCGUCAACACUGGUCAGGAUCCCGAGAACGUGCUGAUUAACGGCAAGGGUCAAUUCAGAGAUCCCAACACUGGCUUCAUGACCAACACGCCCCUGGAAGUGUUCACCAUCACGCCCGGCAGACGUUACAGAUUCAGAAUGAUCAACGCUUUCGCGUCCGUGUGCCCUGCUCAGGUCACUUUCGAAGGCCACAAUUUAACUGUUAUUGCGACUGACGGCGAACCUGUGCAUCCGGUACAAGUAAACACCAUCAUCUCGUUCUCAGGCGAACGUUACGACUUUGUAAUCGAAGCGAACAACAUUCCUGGAGCUUACUGGAUCCAAGUCCGAGGUCUUGGCGAGUGCGGUAUUAAGAGAGCCCAACAAUUAGGUAUCCUCCGAUACGCCAGAGGACCCUACCAGCCAUCUUCGCAGCCACCUACUUACGAUGUCGGCAUUCCUCAAGGAGUGAUUCUAAACCCAUUGGACGCAAUCUGCAAUGUAAAGAGAAACGAUGCGGUGUGCGUGAGUAACCUGAAGUCCGCCAGGCCGGUGGACAAGGCCAUCCUGCAAGAAAGACCUGAUGUCAAGAUCUUCCUGCCGUUCAGGUUCCACUUCUACAAACCUAAGGACCUGUUCCAGGAAAACACUUACAGAAACUACUUGGUGGCUCCCGGUGGUGACCACGUGCUGAGUUUGGUGGACGAGAUCUCGUACCGAGCUCCACCAGCCCCGCCGCUGUCUCAGAUGCAUGAGCUGUCCCCAGACCUGUUCUGCAACGGAGACAACAGACCCGCCAACUGCGCCGUCGACUGCCGCUGCACGCAUAUGAUAGACGUGCCACUCAACUCCAUUGUUGAGAUCGUACUCGUUGAUGAAGUACAAUCACCGAAUCUGUCGCAUCCGUUCCACCUUCACGGUACUCCAUACAACGUGAUCGGUAUCGGCAGAUCUCCAGACAAGAAUAUAAAGAAGAUCAAUUUGAAACACGCCCUGGACCUGGACAGAAAGGGUCUGCUACACAGGCAGUAUAACCUCCCUCCCUUCAAAGAUACUCUUGCUGUACCUAACAAUGGGUACGUCGUAUUAAGACUGAAGGCUGAUAACCCAGGAUAUUGGUUGUUCCACUGUCACUUCAUCUACCACAUAGUAAUAGGUAUGAACCUAAUUCUUCACAUCGGCACACAAGGGGACCUGCCCCCCGUGCCUCCGAACUUCCCUCGAUGCGGCGACCACCUACCAACGAUCACUCCGCCGUACUUCCCGAUACACUGAGACAAUCGAGAACUCAAUGAUAAAUCGAUAUUCGUAAUCGAUUUGUGUAAAAAACCAAACAGGAGUGUAAAGCAUCGCGUACUGCCAUAUUUUGUUCUGUUGUUGAAAUAUGAACAACGUGCGAAUGGGAUAAAUAUUUGUUAAUGUUGUCUUGUAAAUAAUGUUCUAAGCUUAAGUUGCUGUUCUAAAUCAAACAUCUGUAUCGCGUAAGAGACCAAAGUAUUUAAUCAGAUCACGAUCAUUAUUUAUAGAUGUAAGGAUACGACCAGCUUGUGAUCGAGAUGGCGACUAGAUCCGCCAUUAUUGAAUUCCUUUGAUGUGUGUAGUUAAAUGUUAUUGUUACUCGUUUUAUAAUUUUGUACAUAAAGUUAGAAUAGGAUGUGUUAUUGUUAGGUUUAUGUAAGUAGAGGGACGUAAAUGUAAUGUUAUUCCUAAAUAAAUUUUAAAAUAAAGGGGUUAAGUGCAAAUACAUAAUUACCAGCUCGCAAUAUUUAGAAUGGUUAUUGUAAUUACAUCCUUCCGACAAGACUGCACAGUUUCUUUUGUCUGGGCCUGCGAACACUUCACUUUAAAUUGUUUGUUUCCAUCAUGUGUCGGAAGGGCUUGAUAGGCCUUUUAACUUUAUAAAAACAUGUUUAAUCAAUUUACCUCAAGUUAUCGACCAUCAUGUAACUUGAGACCGUAACCUGCGUUACGGUGUGAUGUGUAUCUCUAUGCAACAAUUGCAAUGAUAUUAGUUUGUAUCGCCAUCCAUAUAAUUUAGUUCAUGUACAACUCAUAUUCACUCUUUGAGAUGGUUGCAAAGCGCUCACGAGAUAAUCUUUCACUUAAGAUAAAAACUAGCAUUUCUAACGUUCAGAGAAACGGUACACGGAUGCUUGAAGAUAGAAAAAAAUAUAAAUGCAUGCGUAAUUAAUACUUUCAUCGCAUUCUAAACAAUGAAUCAUCGUUAAUACGAUUUUAGAAUUACCUUUGCAAAAAUAUGCUAAUCGAUUUGCUUAACAUAUCGUGUGCUCUUGCUUGCUACUGUUUACUUUUAAUAUUCUCGACUCAUUAUUUACUCAAACUCGUUUUUACUUAUCUACUGACUUCCAUUUUCUAAAUCCAAUUUCAAAUUAAUUUUACGCUUUCUUUCUUUUUUCGGCAAGCACUUUAAAUAAGUGGUAAUAAAAACUGUUUUAUGCGAAACUUUUUAAUAACGUUCAAGUAAAUCAACAAAUAACUCAUUAGAUUAAUUCAUUGUUUAUUUUUUUUUGUAAAUACCGUGAGAAUUGGGUUGAUUUGUUUCGUGUUAAAGCAUAGUUGGCCUAGAUUGUAAGUAUUUAUCUUAUUUGAAAGAUUAGCUCUAAGCGACCAAUAAACAGGCACAGGGUAAUAUUUUGUCAUAAAGUAUACACCUGUGUUGGGUCUGCAAUAUGGAAAGACUCCACCCUUUUCCAUAAUUUUACUCUUUAAAUUAUUGUCAUUAAACUCUUCGAACACCAUGUCGUAUGUUUAGGAAACAGUCAUUUUAUAUUGAAAAAUAAAUGUUUUGUAAAUA